AUGUCACGAGAAGAGCUGUUGGUCUUGCGAAAGACCCUGAAAGACCUGCUGGACAGAGGAUUCAUCCGAGCGAGUAGCUCAGCGGCUGCCGCGCCGGUGCUGUUCCGCGACCGAUACCCACUGCCCCUCAUCGCGGAGACCCUGCAGAAUCUGGCCAAGGCUAAGUGGUUCACCAAGUUGGACGUGGUGGCCGCUUUCCAUAAGAUCCGCAUGGCUCCGGGACAUGAGGAAAGACUGCAUUUCGCACGAGCGUACCUGGAUGAUGUACUGAUCUACUCGAGCGGUUCGAAGGCGGAUCAUGAGGCUAAGGUGCGACGAGUUCUCCAAGCACUCGCCGACGCUGGGCUGCACCUAGACCCAGCGAAGUGCGAGUUUUCGGUACAAGAGGUCAAAUACCUUGGCUUUCUGGGCUUCGCCAACUAUUACCGGAUCUUCAUCCCCGACUAUGCCAAGAUCACGCAGUCUCUGGAUGCCCUGCUUAAGAAAGGAACUGCCUUUCAUUGGGGACGAGCGGAGAACGAGGCGUUUCAGGAGCUGAAGCGACGAUUUUGCGAGUCACCGGUGCUCAAGCAGUGGGACCCGAGCCUCCCGACCUUUUUGGAGACGGAUUGCUCAGGCUACGCAUUGGGAGGCGUCCUGUCGCAGGAAGGCCCAGAUGGACGUCGACACGCAUGCGCCUUCUUCUCGAAGCGACUUUCGCCAGCGGAGUACAACUAUCCCAUUCACGACAAGGAGAUGCUUGCCAUCAUGAGAUGUCUCGACAACUGGAACGCCGAACUUAGGAGCUGCGGCCCAUUUACAAUCCUUACCGAUCACCGCAACCUGGAGUAUUUCGCGACACGCCAGAAGCUCACGGAACGGCAGAGCCGUUGGGCAGCCGAAUUGUCCCAGUUCGACUUCAAGCUCGAGUAUCGACCGGGAAGCGAGGCUGUCGUGCCUGAUGCGUUGUCCCGCCGUGAACAAGACAAGCCACAGGGCAUUGACGACGAGCGGGAACAAGGAAGAAUGAUACAGUUGAUACCGGAUAGUGCCAUUCCAUCAUCGACAAGAGCAUGUAUCAACGCGAUGAGUUCUGACUGUUCAGAGGCAUCCACCCUGCCGAAGAUGAAGGUCUUCGAGGUAGCGGACCUGCAGCAACUCUGGGACGAAACGGUGGCGAAGGACUCGAUAUUCCGGGCAGCCUAUAAGGCAGUCCGCGAUCGCGAGCGUGCCUUCCCGCCCUCGCUGGGCCUGAAGAUCCAGAUUUCAGAAUGUGCGAUCGACGCAGGCAAAGGCUGA